CGAUUGAUCACACACUGGAGUUGGUGAGUCCAGCAGCUCCUCGUGCAGUUGCGGGGUGGCUCCCACCAUGGCUCAGAUGAGAGGGUAGAAGGAAACCACCGACUCUUUUCGGAAAAACAGAGGUUUAAGAUUAGCGCGAGAGAAUUAGAGGCAGGGCACAGGUUCUGAUUUGGUGCCAGAGAGCAUGACUUGACACAGGCAGGCAGUCAAGUCGACAGGCUUGUUUCAGGACGAGUUCGAGGGUUCGUCGAGCUUCGAGUGCGAAGGUAGAUUGUUCUUCAUCCAGCUGCAGUAGCCAUACUUUGAAGAUGGCGUCGGUGUUGGCAUUGCCUACUGAAUACGCCGCGAAGCUCGGACUCCGCACUCUGCACUCGAAUGUGAUUCCGGAUUUUUUGGUGCGCAUGGGCACGCGUACUCUGCUCGCAAGUCGUCUGAAGGAGAUUUACAAAUCUUCAGGGGAGGAGCAGCAAUCGGAGCUGAUGCGGUUCGUCCAAUCAUUGAAGCAAAUGCCCAUCGCCGUGAACACAAGGGAUGCCAAUGAGCAGCAUUACGAGGUUCCUACGGAGUUCUACAAGCUUGUCCUGGGAAAACACCUCAAGUACAGCUCAGCCCUCUUUCUGAAGCCUACAAAUACCCUUGAAGAAGCCGAAGAAGCCAUGUUGUCGCUAUAUUGUGAACGUGCUCAUUUAGAAGACGGCCAAUCCGUGCUGGAUGUUGGUUGUGGAUGGGGUUCACUUUCUUUGUUUAUUGCUCAGAAGUACCCCAAAAGCAGAGUUACCGGAGUGUCGAAUUCGGAGACUCAAAAGGCUUUCAUAGAUGACGAGGCGCAGAAACGAGGACUGACAAAUCUGAAAAUUGUAACUUGUGACAUAAAUACCUUUGAAGCAGAAGAACGGUUCGAGAGAGUUCUAUCGAUAGAAAUGUUCGAGCAUAUGAAGAACUACCAGAAGCUGUUGAAAAAGAUUUCAUCUUGGAUGGAACCGAGCGGACUUCUAUUUAUCCAUACUUUUACUCAUAAACUUGCGGCCUAUCAUUUUGAGAAUGAAGACGAGACAGACUGGAUGACCAGGAACUUUUUCUCGGGAGGCACUAUGGCUGCCGAUUCCCUGCUUCUGUAUUUCCAGGAUGAUGUUUCCAUUGAGAAUCAUUGGAAAGUGAACGGAAGGAACUACGCGCAGACAAGCGAGGAGUGGCUGAAGAGAAUGGAUGCCAAUAUCAAACAAAUCAGAAGUAUUUUUGCAGCGACGUACGGUGAAAAAGAAGUGACCAUGUGGAUUGUGAAUUGGCGCACAUUUUUCAUGGCCGUGGCUGAAUUGUUUGCCUACAACAAUGGUGAGGAGUGGGGCGUCUCGCACUACUUAUUCAGGAAAAGAUAAAUAUACACAGUUGCGUAUUUCUACACCGUGCACCGUUCAUUUUGGAGAUCAACGAGCUGCUUUAGUCCACAUUCUGUGUUCAGUUGUACGAAGCGUGUCUUCGAUGCUGAUCGCUGAGAUCAAUCUCAAGUCGAGUAACUACUCACUGUACAGUUAAUGGCUUUUGAGACCGAACAUGUGUUAGAGAAGUAUGCAAACUCUUGAACUGGAAGCUCGGUUAAAUCCAGUCUGAUUUCACGCUCUCCAAAUGUAGUAUCUUGAGCAUAUGGAACAUAAUCAAAGUGCGUUGAACUUCAAGGCCAGGAGUGGAUUUGGAACG